UCCACAGAAGGCAGUACUUAAACUUGUAAGAUCUCAGAGUGAUGCCAGUUCAAUUGCAUCUGAUGACACAAUAAUAUUGCCUCAUGCAAUGACUCCAGAAAGGACCCAGAGAUGGCCGGAUGUUUGUCCAGUGCCAGCUUUUUCUUAUGAAGUAGAACUCAUACUUGUUGAGGGAAAUUUGAAUCAUGAGAGAACAGGGAAAACCCUGAAGUUAUCAAGGGGACAGAAGCAUGACAUUCUUGAAACCCUUGCAUCCAAAAUGCAUAGCUUUAAAGCAUAUCCCAGUGAUAAAGACAUUUCAGUGGUUGCAGAAGCGCUUGUCACCACCCAUCCUUGUCUUAAAGAACCAGGAACGCAGACAGGAUGGUAUGGUUGGAAAAAUAGUCUGAAGUUUAAGAUGGGUAACUUCUGCACUAAGUUGAGUCGGGCAGGAUAUAGUGAGGUAGCUGUAAAUUCUGGAAAGAGAAGCAGAAACAACCCUGACAAACAAUCUCCCCACACUGACAUAAAGAGACCAAAAAGGGCAGAAGUGAAUUUUCUCCCCAACUUUCCAAAAGGAGAAGAUGGUUCAAGCCUUGAGCGACAGAGACUCCAGAUUGUAGAUGAAGUUAUAAGGACUGACAAAAACCUCCCUCUGAUUGCAAAGUUGAUGCAGACCACCUUUUCCCUGCGACGCAAAGAGGUCAUCAAUGAUGACUUGCCUGUUGGAGAGAUCCUGGAGCGCUGGCCUGCCCUAAAGAUGGAGUCACAGAUUUGUGCAGAGUUUCACAGAAUCACAAACAUCAACCUGAAGAACCACUUCUAUUCUGAGUUAGACAGACAUGUCCCUCGUCUUCAGAGUUUGUUCAGGAAGAAAGCUGCGCGCACAGGGAAGGUGUCUGAAGUCCUGGAUCAGCUCUUCAACACUUAUGACCGCCAGGAACAAGUUGACGUCAAUGUCCUCCGUGCUGCCGUCCUCCGUGCUCUCCCUACAUAUCUGCAUGAGGAUGACUCCGGAUUUCUGAAGCUGUGGGAUCGCCAAACUUUGAGAAGCCCUUUAAACUUCAGGUGGACGCAAGUGGAGUUGGUGCAGGAGCUGUACUGUUGCAAGAAGGGAAGGGGGCUAUUGAUCAUCCAGUCUGCUUCUUCUCCCGGUUUGGCGUCAUCUGGUGGUUGGCGGUGGCAUGCCUGCUGGUCGUGGGGAGACUCGCCAGCUGGUCGCGGGGAGACUCGCCCACCUGCCUGCUGAUUGCGGAUGGGCUUCACCUGGGUGGAAGGGCAUACAAACCGGGCUGCCAGAGCUUUCAGGGGGUUCCUCGGGACAGAUUGGACUUAUCUCCCUCUGCUCUUGCAUUUUUUUGGUGGUUCUGAAAUAAACUAAAACCUAAG